AUGAGCCCUUACCCUCCUGUUGCAUUGGAAAACCCUAAACCUAGUUCUUUCUCACAGCCGCCAUGUGAAACCUCCAGCCGCCCCUCCCACCUACUCGACCUCCGGCACCACACCACCACUAGAUACCGCCACACUGUGGUCGCUGAGGAUGUUGAACCGUCAUCCGUGACCUCACCUGUCGUCAAUAUAGAGUCGCUCAGCCACCAGGCGAACACUGAGCAUCCAUCAGCCUCCUUCUCUUUCUCCUUUUUAGGAUGUCGCUGCUUCUUCGUGGUUCCGAUCAGGCGACUCCGGCGAGCCUUCCGUUUCUUAGCCUUAUGCCAUCAGUCGCUGUUUGCAUCAUCAGCCCGGUUCUGCCGCCGCCUCGUCGACAAACACUGCCGAACCGCCACCCAGCAUCGUCGACGUUUCUUUUCUAGUAACGAUGAAGUCUACCGGCGGGCUUCGUCCCUCUGUCGUUGCUGCCGGAGACGCUGGUGCGCCAUUGGAGCCGCUACUGUGUUCGUCGACGACAACCACAGCCUGCUGCCAUUUCCUUCUACUUCUUUCCGUCGCUGCCUUGGCUCGUCACCAUCAGCCACCGUGGGAGGUGGCUGGGAAAAGGAAAUCCCCAAAAUUUUGAAAACCCGCUUUUCUACCUUCUUUCUAUUUUUCAUCUUCGCAAUCGAUUCUCCCCUCUCCCUCCUUCUCCCUCUUCUCCGAUCCGCUUCACCAUAUUCAGUAAGUCAACCAUGGAGGCCUAGAUAUACAUCGAUUUGGGUCCAAACCCUCCCAAAACCCUCUCCUCAACUCAAAGCGAAAAGAAUAAAAACCGCCACCACCCGCGUCUACAACAACCGACAACAACUAAUCCGUCUACAGGCAAGUAGAGAAGAUGGUUCAUCAGAGAUCCAACUUGGACUGACUCGUGUUAUGGGAUUUGUCACAGGACAACUAGUACAACCUUAUCGAGACAGGCCUAAUGAAGGGACACUUGCAAUCUACACUGAGUUCUCACCCAUGGCGGAUCCUUCAUUCGAGUCAGGUCGUCCUGGAGAAUCUGGGUAUUCCACUCAUUUUGGAACUGCUGAAGCUGCUCGUUGGUUUCUCACUCAUGAAAUGGGAACCAUUAAUGACUGCCUUCACAAACAUCAGGGAUUUAGGUUAAGGCUAGUGGGCCAUUUACUUGUAGGUGCAAUUGCUUCAAUUCUAGCCAUAAUGAUUCGAAAAAAGACAUGCGAUGAAUUAGGUUUUAGCCCUGAUAUUGUUACAGCUGUUAGAUAUGGAACACCACCUUGUGUUUCUAGAGAUCUUGCUGAUAGCUGCUCUGAUUUUGUCACAACCGUUUUGCUCAUCUUCUUUGGGGAUGGGGACUGCACUAUGCAGGUAGGAGAAUACCAGGGUACAUACAAGUGUUCUCCUUCUGAUAGGCCACAACUGAUCAAUAGUACUCUACAGGUGGCAAGACAGAUUGGAGUGCGUAUUGUUCCUGAAAACUCAAGUCAGGUUCUGACAGCUCUAGCAACCUCCUUCCAUGCCCUGCAGCCUCUCAAAGUUCUUGCAUUCAGGUUAUUCUUUUAG